AUGCAAGAAUGGCCAACCGUGGAAAAUGAUCAGAAUCUUUUUGACGGGAAAAUUUCCUUUCCCACCCGAUCUGGCUAUCAUGUGACAAUCAGAGCUGUUUGGCAGGACAAUCUGCCGAGUGGCUCAAAAGUGGGCACAGUUUUUGCAAUUCACGGUUCUCCAGGGUCACACAAUGACUUCAAAUACAUCACUUAUCACUUAAAGAAUACGGGAAUUCGAAUGAUUUCGAUUAAUAUGCCAGGACAUGGAUAUACGCAAAAUCACAAGAAAAUCUCCUUUCACAACGAUGAUCGAAAUGCUUUUAUCCAAGCCAUGAUCGAUCAUUUGAAUGUUGAUAGAGACGUUGUAUUUGUUGGUCACAGUCGAGGCUCUGAAAAUGCUCUCAACAUUUGUACAUUGAAUCAAAAUCGAGCCAAAGGUCUUCUUUUGAUUAACACCUCUGGAUUCAGACGACAUAAAGGGAUUAAACCGUUCUUUAUCAUUAGGUUUGCCUCAUGGAUCUACAAUCUAAAGCCUUUAGCGCCACUUGCUCGAAUCAUUAUGCAUCCAAUUCUCUAUCACAUUUACAAUCGCCUCGUCAAGUUGAAGACUCAAAGCGGGAAGAUCGCUGCUGUUUGUGUGCAAAGCAUGAAGACAUUUGCUUUAUCUGAUCAAAGAUCAUACGUUAAAGAACUCAACACCCAAUCAAAAUUUCCAAUCUUGUUAGCCUAUUCUGGGAAAGAUUUUCUUAUCGAAGAGGAGAUCGUUCGAGAAAUGUUGACAGAAUUUGAAGACUCGGAGGAGUUGAUAAUCGAUGAUUCCCAAGCAACAGAUACAGAGACAAAAGCGGCUCGAUGGUUUCGAUGUCGUCUCUCGCAAAAGCGAACUCUUGGUGUGUGUUUCCAUCAAGAUGGACAUUACCUCCAAAAAUAUAAAGCCAAAUUCCUUUCUGAUGCCAUUCAAGCAAUCUUUGAAUAUAAAGAU